GAAAAUCAAUCACAAGGCUAAUUGGAAAAGGAUCCGAGAGAUCUUUGAAAAAGGAAAAAGAAAACAAACGGGAUUAUAAUUAAAUAAAGUGGUAAGUAAAAUCCUUAAGCUGCAAGGAUUAGGUUCCGUAAAAAGUGUUAUAAAAAGAGAGUUAGGGGACUCUUGUUUUUUCUUACUCACAUAUUCAUCAACGUAACGUGCUCCGAUAAUUCUAUUAAUAAUGGCGACAACAACAAGAAUGUUCUGCUUCGUGCUCGUGAUGGUUCUAAUGGGAUGUUGUUGCUCGGCAAAAAUCUACAAAGUGGGAGACUCGAAGGGAUGGACGACAGCGAAGCACGGUAGCUAUUAUGAAUGGGCUAAGCUUAAGAAAUUCCAAGUGGGGGAUUCUCUGAUGUUCGAAUACGAUGGCAACAUCAACGACGUCACUCAAGUUUCCAGCCGUUUGGAAUACCAAUUCUGCAACUCCCUUUCUCCUAAAGCUGUCUACAACACAGGGCACGAUGUCGUGACUCUCAUGGAACCAGGUUAUCACUUCUUCAUCACCUCAAAUCGUUCUCAAUGCGUAGCCGGACAUAAACUCGUCGUUUUUGUCGUCCAUGACCAUCCGAUGAUUCCUCCACCACCACCACCUAGAAAGAUCCUUCCUCUCGGAAAAGACUACAAGGUCGGUGACUCCAACGAAUGGAGGGUUCCUGAAGAGAGUGACUUCUAUUCCAAGUGGAGUGAGGAGAAACAGUUUCAUGUGGGAGACAAUCUUCUUUUCUACUACAACGACCAAGUGGAUGACCUCCUAGAAAUCAACAGUGAUCUUGAGUUCAAAUCUUGCGACACUACUUCUCCUGUUGCCGUGCACAAUGCUGGACAAGAUCUCAUAAGGCUAACGAAACCAGGAAUCCGCUAUUUUAUUACCUCAAAGAUUGGUCACUGUGAGGCUGGGCUUAAGCUUCGAGUUGUGGUGCAACCACUAUCCAAAAGUGUUCCGAAGAAGAUGCAGUUAUCACCUUUCGACCGUCUCAUCAAGUGGCUACAUGAUUCCUUCACACCCCACCCCCAUCACUAAGAUCUCGUUUCUUUUUUUGUUUUGUUUUGUUUGAGCUGAGCUUCUUAGUGUUUUUCUUUCACAUUCGUUUUUGUUCUGUAGUUUAUUUUCCAAAGUGUGUGUUUCUAUUUUAAAUAUUAGUGUUUUCCUUAUCAGACGAGUCAAGAUGAUCCAUACUACAAAAAGACCGAGACUUUGAGUGACAUAAUCCGAUAUCUGCCAUAUCAGAUUCUCCAUCUUAGCAUCAUCGCCAUUGUUGUCAUUUUCAUGCUCGUAAUUCACAAGUUUGUUCUUUUGGACAUGUCUGAACUUGAUAACAAAGUAUUGAAUACGAACAUCAAACAAACUGGCGCAAAGCACGGGUACCCUAUAGUGAUUUAAAAGGAAGACAUUACACAAAGCACACACCUAAUAAACACAAAAACUCACCUCAUCGAACGACACUAAUCUCUAGAGCUCCAAUAGACCCAUCUUUACUCCUCAGCUCUCGAUAAAGAGCACAUAAAGAUUCCUCCAUUACACAAUAACAUUCCACCAAUACUUUGUUAUCAAGUUCACAUUGUUGUCAUUUUCAUGCUCGUAAUUCACAAGUUCGAUCGAAGAAAUCGGUGGGGCAAAUGUAAGGAUUGCGCUCUGCCUCUGUUCCAGAAUCUGAUUUAAUGGAGCUUGGCUCUGUAUUUUUGAGAUCUGGCUGUGGAGGAAUUGGCAAGACGUCGGAGAAUGUGAGGUUACGAUCAGGCCCGGCU